UUAGCUCAAGAGCGCGUAGCGCGAGUGAGCUAAUUCUUCAAGUGAAUAAACAUUCAUUUAACUCACGUAGUUUAUACAAUAUUUUAUUCAAUUUUGCGAGACUCAGCUUCAAUUUACGGAUUAUUACGAAUUUAUGCAAAAUACGACAACAAAAAUCAAGUCUGUGACAGUCGUGGUUGGUACGUUGUUGUGGCAACACCUCCCUAGCAACCAUUUUGGUAUAAACAAUUAUUUUAAUGUGAAUCAUUUUCGUGAAAAUGUCGAAGUCAGAAAUAUGCGACGAUAACGAUAUUUUUGUUCCGGAAGAUGUAAUGAACGAAGCACUAGAAGCAGUAGGCAAAGUAGUACCAGUAAAAUCCAAAAUAUUAUAUGAAAAAGAGUAUAAUUGUUUUUGUAAUUGGAGAAAUAAAAAGAACGCCCGAGGAGUCGACGAGAAGAUAAUUUUGGCGUAUAUUUCGGAGCGAUCAAAAACUGUAAAAUCGUCUUCAUUGUGGUCAUACCAUUCACAGCUGAAGAAAAUGUUAUUGGUUAAGGAAAAUGUUGAUAUAAACAGAUUCCAUCAAGUAAAAGCAUUUUUGAAGCAGCAUUCUGUAGGACACAGGGCAAAGAAGUCGAAGGUUUUUACACGGGAAGAACUUGAAAGGUUUCUGGAUACUGUUCCUGACGAUACAUUUUUGUUGUUAAAAGUUGUCUUUAUCAUGGGUGUUGCUGGGGGGUGCAGAAUUGGAGAGCUGGUGAGCAUGUCUGUUGAUGAUAUUGACGACAGGGGAAACGUACUAGUCGUCCAGAUUCCAGACACAAAGACAUACAAGCCACGGGUUUUUACUGUUGUUGAUGGUGCUAACCGCGUCCAUUCAAUUGACGUGUUUCGCAAGUACAARGAUUUAAGGCCAGAAAAAGUUACUCAUAAGCGUUUGUUUUUGAAUUACCAAAAUCAAAAAUGUACCGUGCAGCCUGUGGGUUUGAACACUUUCGCAAAGAUGCCACAAAAAAUUGCUGGAUUUCUGGGUCUUUCGAAUGCAGAAYAAUAUACAGGACACAGUUUUCGACGUUCGUCAGCMACACUUCUUGCUGACGCUGGCGCUGACUUGACUGUGGUGGGGCCCAACCUGGACAGCCCAAUCUCGGUGACAACCGUGGCAACGACAACGGACGCUUUGAGUCACUUUGAGUGGACUGAUGAGUUAAGGGACUGCCUUCUGGAUUGUUUCGAAAGCAGCGAACCUUCCCGUAGGGGGUACAUGUCUCGCAUGCAUGAGAGAUGGUGUGAGGUACAACCUGAGUACCAAGCAUUUCCCUCUCAGAAGUUGCGAGACUAUGUUGCCUACCUACACCAGUUCGGCCGGCUGCCUUAA